UUUUUGAACAAACGCCUUUUCCUGCCCCAAAAUCCUCACCUGGGCCCGGAGCGCUGCCCUGCGCGUCGCGGCUGGCGAAAAUGCUGCCCUGUGGCGCUGCGGUGUGUCGGUGACGGGGCGGGACUCGGUGUCUUGCAGGUGCCGCUGGCGGACACCAUGAGGGAGGCGGAAAUCUGGAGGCUCCUGGCUGCCAACCUCCUGUGCGCUCUGGCCAUCGUCCUGGCCGCCGUGGUCCCGGCCGUCUUCCUGGACGGAUUCAGCGUCCUGGGAACGCACCUCACGUGGCUGUGUAUUUGUUCUGUUUGUGUUGCUACCCUUAAUAUAAUCUUGCACUUAAUCCUUAAAACAAAUCAGUCUCCUAAGAGACGUUCGUUUGCUCACAAGAUAUCCAGAUUUCUAAAAUGCUGUAUAUACUUUUUCAUGUCUUGCAUACUAUUUCAUGCGAUUAUUGUUCUUUAUGGAGCACCUCUCAUAGAGUCAGUGACUGAGACGUUCUUGUUUGCAGUUCUUCUGUCUACAUUUACUACUUUACAGUGUUUGUGUUUGCUGGGACCAAACAUACAAGCGUGGAUACGGGUAUUUAGUAAAAAUGGAGCCAUGUCCAUCUGGGAAAGCAGUCUACAGAUUACUUCCUUGUGCAGUAUACUUGGAGCUUGGUUUGGAGCAUUUCCUAUUCCUCUUGACUGGGAUCGGCCUUGGCAGGUAUGGCCCAUUUCCUGUUCCCUUGGAGCUACCUUUGGCUAUAUGGCUGGUCUGAUUAUUGCACCUCUGUGGAUACACUGGAACCGGAAGCAGCUUACAUACAAAAGCAGAUAACUGGAGCAAAAAGAGACAAGGUAUUUCUUUGUGCAGAUUCCAUACAGACUGUGCAAAAGUUGGGGUUUUUUAAGAUAUAUAUAUAUAUAGUCAAAGCAGAAGACUGUCCAAAUUCAGUUAGAGUAUUUCAGGCCAAGCAUCUCCACUCAAUAAAAUCACAUAAAUGCCAUUUCAGCAUGGUGCAGUUUUUGCUUCCUCUAGACUGUGUAACCCUGAGAGAUUGUACCUUCCAGUCUGAAUAAAAUAUUUGUAACAGA